AUGAACCUAACCCAGACUAUAUUACAAAUAAUCAGUGCUGCUUUGGGAAAACAAAACAAUUCAGCAUGUGAUCUGCAUGAAGUAAGCAACGAAAUUAUGAGGAUAAUUGAGUGUGCUGAUCACAAGAUGGAGUUUCCUGUGAGGACAGCAAAUCUGACGGUGGCCAGGCUGGCUUUGGCUGUCCUAUGGGUGGACCACACAUCUGAAGGCAUGGCCUUCAGCAUUCUCUCCUAUGAAGAAGGCACAGAGCCUGAAAUUUCCCUAGACAAAGUCCCCCUGGGGAGAGCUUUGGCCUCCAUAUAUUUACCUAAAUCACUGAGGGAGAGAAUUCCUCUUAGCAGCUUACACACCAUCUUGUUUAAUUUUUUUGGCCAAACUUCACUCUUUAAGACCAAAAACAUCACGAAAGCAUUAACCACAUAUGUCGUGAGUGCCAGCAUUUCUGAUAUAUCCAUUCAAAACUUGGCAGACCCAGUGGUUAUUACUCUGCAGCAUGUUCAAGGAAACCGGAAUUAUGAUCAAGUUCGCUGUGCCUUUUGGGACUUUGGGAAUAACAAUGGGCAAGUCUUAAUGGAUUUAUCCAGAUCUGCAGUGGAUGCAGUGAAUGAAUGGAUAUUAGUGAUUAUAACAUACAUCGGAUAUGGAAUCUCCUCCAUUUUCCCGGGAUCUGCAAUAGUGACAUACUUAGCUUUUCACAAACUUCGAAAAGAUCAUCCUUCCAAAAUCCUGAACAACUUGUACACAGCACUACUGAUGCUAAACCUCGUAUUUCUAGUCAAUUCCUGGUCAUUAUCAUUUCAGAAAGCGGGCCUUUGUAUCACAGCUGCUGUAGCACUUCAUUACUUCCUGCUCGUGUCUUUGACUUGGAUGGGCCUGGAGGCAGUCCGCAUGUCUUCAACAAGUACAUUCCCAAUUAUAUCCUUAAAUUUUGUCUGGUUGGUUAGGAUAAGAAUCCCAGCCAUCAUGGUGGCAAUCAUACUCAGUGUGAAAAAGGAUCUGUAUGGGACUCUGAGCUCAACAACUCCAUUUUGUUGGAUUAAAGAUGUUCCUAUCUUUUACAUCUCAGUGGUGGCUUAUUUUUGCCUCAUAUUUCUCAUGAAUCUCUCCAUGUUCUGCACUGUUCUUGCUCAACUGAACUCCAUGGAAUCCCAAAGCCAAAAGACUUGA